AUGCCCUCAUGGGGAAGACCACCGGGGGCGAAGGGGAGCAGAAGGAGGCGGCAGUGGGAGCGGGAGCAAGGAUUUUGGAACGAGGCUCGUGUGGAAGAGCUCGACAGCGACGAUACAGAUACACAGGGAGUUGGUUUGAAUUAUGAUAAAAAACGAUUUGCCAGCGAUCCACUUCAUUUCACGGGUGGCGACUUGGGAUCGGCUUCUAGGGUUAGACGGAGUUAUGCUUUUGGCGAUUCGGAAGAUUCUUCUGGGGACUCUAUAGAGUCUGAAGUAGAAGGUACAGAUGCUUUGCAGAUUGCUUUACGGGAUAAAGAGGAGGCACUAGUCCAGUCUGCUCUUGCACGGAUCAGACGGGCUCAAGAAAAGGGGAAGAGGGAGGUGAAACUUAAUCAAGACGAGCUGAAUGCAUUGGAGAACCGUAGAAAACGUAUGCAGGCUGCUGCAACGGCCAAGGCACGAAAAGGAAGCGGUUCCGGUGGUGGAAGUGACAGGCAAAAGAGGCGACGAAGCGACAGGAUCUCAGUUCCAAUCUCGGCUGCUACAGAAGCUAUCAGUCGACCAAGCAGUCGACCUAGCAGCCGCAGAGACAUUACCAGAUCCAAACGAUCUGAUGAAGUGCCGCAUCCUCCAGCAGCCGCCAACCCACCAGGAAUGCUCGUGGCCGGACCUGAUGGCCUCGCUUACGCCCCAUUAGGAACCUACCCCUCCAACAGCUCACUCUCCAACUCUCAACCUCCAAGCCGUAAUUCUCCUUCACGCCCACGCUCGGCAACAACCCAACAACUCCGCGGCCAACCACCUCCGAUUCCCUACUUUUCACACCAACAACCACCCAACUCGCGUCAUUUCUCAGAAGGCAUGCGUCCAGCAUCUUCAUCAAGCAAUAGCUCACGCCGUCCCCUCCCAGACGAAGCAGACUGGCAACCGACAAACUCCCGGCGAAGUUCUGCAGCAUCUUCGCAUUCUCAAGGCUUCAUGGUCGACCCGUUCGACUACCAAGUCUCCUCCGACACACCUCCACCGAUUCCCAGUCAAUAUCAACAGCAAGCCCAACAAGGUCGUCGCCACGUCUCCAACCCAGCAGACAUCUCCUACUCCUCCAUCAGUCGCACACCACCUGGCUAUCCUCCUUCCGCUCAAACCUCAUCACGUUUCCCGGCUGCCUCCUCAGAUCCGAGUCUUAGACAUCGCUCGUCACGCGGCCCCGGCGCGUUCGAGAGCAGUUCUGAGGAGGAAGACGAGAGUGAUGAUUUGGGGAAUGGGGUCCAGGUUUUUGUGGAGGAGGAGAGGGAGCCUGAACGGGAGAGGGAGAGGGAACGUGAGAAAGACAAGGCUGUUGCAAGGAAGCCAGUUGGGGGGAGGAAGAGGGGGAAGAGGUAA